AUGAGAUUUGUCUCGACUAUCUUGUUUUCUACAUUGGUCAUCAUCAGCGCCAAUGCCAACCACCUUCCAACUGCAGACUUUGGAGAAGGCUGCCUUAAUGUGCAAGAUGAUGGAAGCAGGGCUCAAGUCCCUGAUUUUGAAACCCAUGAUUCAUUCUUGGUAUCUCCGGAAUCUCGAUUCCGUUUCAGCUCCGAUGGCCGCCAUGACAACCAAGCUGUGCGAGUCGAACCCACUGUGAAAAUUGUUUCAGAUGACAAUGCGUGGUCUAUUGAUGCUUUCAGCACUACCUAUCAACAUGAUGAACAUGAGGCUUGGUACAAGAGUAAUAAUCAUGGAAAAUUUGCUGCUAGUCCUACUUGGAGCUCUGAAUCUGUCUGCCAAUGCCGAUGCACACCAUACUUUUCAGAUUGUGAUCUCUGA